CAGUUAAUCCAUUGUAAUGUUUCAAUAUUAGAUUAGGUUACAAUUAAAGAAACAAUCUAUUAGUUUGUUGAAGUUUUUACCAAAUCCAUUUAAUCCAUAAACCGAAUCACCAAUAACUCUUAAGGCCUACAAAGAAACAGAUCAACUUGGUGAUCAGUUGUCAUUAACCAGAAUAUAUUUUUAAUCGUUAAUCCAAUCAACUCACCUUUUGUUUGUUGUUCAGCAAUUAAUUAAUCAUCUCUAAUCAAUUUCAAGAGAUCAAUUGUUCAUUAAAACGGUGAACGUGAUUUUGGAAGGUUUGAGGAGGAGUUUAUAGUUCUGACUGUUUUCUCUUCUCUUUCUUUUUUCUCUUUCUAUCUCUUGUUUUUUUUUCGCUAUCAUUCAAUCACCUUCUUGGAAAAUCAUUUCAGUGUUUUUCUAAUUUAAUUCUAAUUCUAACAAUUAACUUAAAUUAUUCUCCCUGUUGUCUGUCACCAAUAGAACAAUGAAUUUCCCCACCACCACCAAUCCCGAGACAAAUACAUCCAAACACAAUGAUUGGCCCGAAUCAGAUAUUUGGUCAGAACAUUCCUAUGGAUACACUCAAAGCUCUCAUUUUCGUCCCUUCGGUAAUCGAGCAGGGUCACAAUCUGGUGUUCUAAUGGUCGAGGAUCCAGGCAAUGAGAGGGAUAAUAGGACACGGGAACCAUCACCUGAUUCCAAGCAACUUGUUGAAAUUGUUCGUGAAUUAAGGAAAAGUAAUGAAGAAUUAAAAACAAAUAAUCAACUAUUGAAUCAAAAAUUGGAGCAAACUAAUCAAUUGGUUCAACAAGGAUUCAAAUCAAUUCGAGAUGCUAUUAGUAAUAUACCAGGACAGGUUAGCCAAAAUAUAAACAAUUCAAUUGUUAAUAGUCCUUCAAAUGAAAAGGCUUGUUGGCCAAUCGCACAAUGGACACGUACAUCUGAAUCAUCUUCCAUAAUUUCAUCUCUUCCAGAAGAUUUGGCUGAUGAGAUUGAAGAAUUACAUUUCAAUCCUGUUACUCUUCCCGAACCAUCAAAUUCAAAUUACUCUCAAAGUUUAAUCACCAUUGGAUCAACCGUAGCAACAGCAGCAACAACAACAACAACAACAUCAACAACAGAAUCGACAAUGAGUGACAAUAAAAAGGAAGAGAUUAAAAAAUUAUCUCAAACCAUGAAAGAAAAGUUUGGCCUCGAAUAUGAUGAAAAACUUGAUUUUAAUAUAUGGUUACGAAAAUGAUUAGAGCGUGCAAACAAAAACAAAUCGAAAAGAAGUAAAAUUGUAUCAACUGAAUUAACUGAAUUAACGAAAUGAAUGAUUAGUUUAUUUAUGGUCUGUAAUCAAAAUUUUCUACUCAUAAACCUUAAUUGUUGAGCCAAAAUUGUAACCAUGACAAGAUAAAUACUUAUGGAAAACUCUGAAUUGUUUGAAUAUAAUCUUCCACCCAAUUUAACCAUAAUUUUAACCUUUGACCCAAUCAAACUAAUUGAUUCUUGACAAACAAGCAAAAAAGAAUAACUUUCUUCUUGAAAUGAAUAAAAAUUGUUAACUUAA